AUGUCAAAGCAUAGGAAGAAGUUUAUUGCCUUUGUAGAUAAAGCAAUGGCUGAUGGUGAAAAGAUGGCACCAGAAGAACUAAUGUUUACUUAUAAGGGGAUUUUGUACCCAGCUACCGUUUGCAGCCCUGAAGUCUUCAAAGCCCUUGAGUCCUUUGAAGCAAGAAAUGAUGAUGUAUUUCUAGCAGGAUACCCCAAAUCAGGUACAAAUUGGGUUGGCCAAAUCAUAACUGAUUUGGUAGAUGCAUCUGCAAAGCACAAUGAAGACACAAAUAGCACAGAUGAUGAACUAGAAGAAUUUCCAUAUCUUGAAGUUGGAGAUGCUGAGAAAUAUCAGAGGAUGGCAAAUUUACCUUCCAGAAGAGUUAUGUUCACCCACCUUGUUCCUCGUAAUCUACCUAAAUCUGUCUUCAAGAACAAGGCCAAGAUACUGCUGCUGAUUCGAAAUCCAAAAGAUGUAGCUACAUCUUUUUACCACUUUUCCAAUGGAUUGUCUCCUCUUCGCUCUUACAAGUCCUGGGAUGACUACUUCAAAGCUUUCAUGAGUGGACAAAUACCAUGGGGAUCUUAUUUUGACUAUGUCUUUGAAUGGAAUGAGUACGCUGAUGAUGAAAAUGUCAUGGCAAUCACUUAUGAGGAACUGAAGGAGAAUAGAGCUUUGGGAGUAAAACGGAUAAGUGAAUUCUUUGAGUUGAACCUAACUGAGCAAGAGAUUCAAGAAGUUGUAGACAAAAGCAGUUUCGAAGCUAUGAAAGAAAAUUCCCAACGAACCCAUGGGGAAUUCGGCAAAGUUCUUUUCCGUAAAGGUGGAGUCAGUGACUGGAAGAACCUUUUCAGUGAAGAUGACAACCAGGAAAUGGACAGAACAUUUGAAGAACGUUUAGGGGUGACUAAAUUAGGAGAAAAAUUAAAGUAUGGGGUGUAUUGUAAGGCCUGAGGUUAACAACAUAACUGCUGAAGCACUAUCUCUCAGUAGUACAAUCUAGUCAUUACCUCAUAUAAAUCACAAUAGAGAUCCCUUAUACACCAGUGAAGAUGAUGUACUUGGUCAUACCUGGUCUUUUCAGGGCUGCUGCCCCACAAAGAAGUGCAAAGAAUAAGAUAUAAUUACCAAUCACUUCCUUAAUGUUAAGUGCAAAGACAGAUGUAAAGAAAAAGAGAAGCCACAAUGGCUUCCUGAAUCAUGGGUAAGCCAGGCUUCUUCCUGCUUGGCUCCUGAAAUGACAGAUGUGUAUACCAGCAAAUUGAACAAUUCUCAGCCUAGAGUUUCAGUUAGGGAAGAAAGGAUAGGAUAAAAUCCAUAAGCCCUGCCAACUGUCGCAAUUUUAGCCACUGCCUGUAGUCAUCAUUAGCCACAUCCCUGAUAUCUUCCUACAGAGUACUGCUCAAAUUAUUCCUAUAAUUCUGCUCAAGUUAUUCCUAUAAUUCUGGGGUCACUGUGAACUCCAUUUAUGAAGACAUAUAUACAAUUUAAAAGUGUAUUUAUUUAUUAUUUUACAAAAUUUCUAUCCCAACUUUCUGGCCUCACAAUGGCCACCUUAUGGCCUCUUCAGCCUACAAACUGCAUCAAGAUCACCAACUUUCUACUCAUGUUGGGUUAAAAGUUAUGCUCUUGCCAUCUGCUUAAUUCCAGAAGAAAAUGUUGAGGGAUUUGUUCAUUGCUCUCAUCCCUCAUUUGGAUUAUCGUAAAGCAAAGAGACCAGUUAAACCUGUGUACUGUUUCAAGGCCAGCUCUGCCCCUUUCCUCCAUCCACCAGGGCCUUCAGCCCAAGCAGACAGAAAAUAAUCCUCCCCUGCAUAGUCCCUAAAGACCAUUUGAACAUAACUUCCCUCAACCCUCUUCUUGCUCAUUCCCCUGCUAGUGUUCAAGAAUGUUCACCAACUCCUUCAAGGCCAGGGGAUCUUAACAUUGCCCUAGGUGGAAGGGAAGCUUUAAAGCAGUUAGUGGGCCACUUUUCACUUGCAUAGAAAUUUCCCUCAUUCUGUGUAUGCAGUAGAUUCUGAGGCAGCUGAGACUCUUGGGUAUGGCCAGAGACUCUAAUUGACAGUAAGGAGUGUCAACUGUUUGGUAUCACCCAAAGUAGUAUCUAUGGCAAUGACAUAUUAUUACACAUGCAUGACUUGCUGAAGACAAUGGACAAAUCAGCAUUACUCCAGAUACUUUACUUGGUCUAGAGUAUGGUUUGCUGGUAAAGUUCUUUGUAACAUAUUUACAACCACACUAUAGGUUUUAAAAAAUAACUGUAUGUAUUUUUUCAAUAGUAAAUUUCCAUGAAGUAUUGAUUUACUAUAAUGCAUCAUGUUACAUUUAUUCAAGUGUAUGAAUGUAUGCAUUACCAUGGCCUGAAUUUAAACCACUCUAAUUUGUAUGUAGGGUUACUUACAGGCUUGGAGAAAAAUGCUCUCUCUCUUUAAAGAGGCUUCAUGUGUAGAAAUGAGUAGCUGAAGUUUUCAUGACAUGGAGGUAAAUAACAUCAUCUGCUAAAUAACAUUGCAUUAAGCGUUGGUUAAAGAGACAGGACAUUUUUCUCUUCAGGUACAUGUAUGACACUGACUUAGUGAAUUGAAGUAUCUUGAACUCAAUGCAGACUGAUUUACAGUUGUUAUGGCCACAGGCUGAAACAAUUAUAUGAAUUAAUUAGCUUAUGCUUGUUUUCAAAUUCCUGCAAUCUAUACACUAUUAUUCUGUUUCUUUAAUGUCUCAG